AAACAAUGUCAUUGUACUAAUGGAACAUGUUAUAGGAAUUGCUAAAAAGCAAACACAUUGAACAUGCCACAUACAAUAACCAUAUAUUUUCUGAAAUGUUAAAACUCAAACAGAAAAAUAGGCUAUCAUGCGUGAGAGAAUUGUAGGCAGUCAUUUGUGAUUAUAGGAAACCACAAGGUCUGAAGUGAAAACUGCCGAAGAGAUAAGGUUCUCUUUUUUUUCUCGUGCAGUCCCUGAUAACCGCUACCGCCGGGAGACGCUCGCACUGUGCGCCGCCGUGCCAUGCGCUAGCAGCGCCGCAUCGCCAGUAUAUAGGGAACCGCUCUGUCGACGCCGCAGAGGGUACCGCGCUGGAGGGCCAGGCCACGUCGCGCGCGCCUGAGGGCAUCGCUAUCUGGCCGUCCCAUCUCCUUCACGGGAGGGGCCGUGGCCCCGAGCAGCCACGCCGGAGGGCGCCGCUCGUCGGGGAGUUGAAGCCCUACAUCCGCGCCAUGGUCCACUGCUCCGCGCCUCUCUACAGAUCGAGGGAGCAGCGGCGUGUGCCAUAAGCCGUGGUCGCGGGCACCGCCAUGCGCAGGUUCCGUCGAUUGGAGCCGCGCCGAUGGGAGCGUCGUCGUGCCUAGCGUUGGAGGGACGAGAUGCAUCACCAGGCUGGGUGCCGCGCGCCGGAGGGCGCUGCCCCGCAGGGAGCCGCCUCCGACGUCGUGCGCCAAGGCGACGCCGACCGCUUCCGUUGGCAGUGGACUCGAGCACCAGGCAUGGGGCCUCGCCCGGGUAAGACUUGCUUGAUGGCUUCCUGUUCAUGGGAAAGCAAUUAUUUUGUAGCCAGGAACGAAAUUAGUAAAGUAGCAGCUUGUUUAUUAGACGAAGACGCUGAUGUUUGCGUGGUGCUUGACUCCGAUUCAGUUCUUCUUCCCCUUUGGAUUUUCCUCGUUCGAGUUGAAAAUCACUGGAGUUGCUGGGGGGCGUCGUGGCAUGGAGUCGAGGUGGAGGGCCGGUCGCAGGCACUGCCGUUGAUGCGGGGCUGCGCGCCGCACCGGGAUUGGUCAUGGCCGUGGCCGCCCCCGAGUAAGGCGGGCCCCGCGCGUGGGAAGGGCCUCGCCGGGGGUAGCGACGGGAUCACGGGACCAAGGGCAUCGCUGUGGAGGACUGGCCGAGGCCUGCCGAUCUGCGCCAGAUGCAAGACGAGGGCCGCGUCGUCUGCCGGGGAGCGUCGCUGCUGCUCUUCGAGACGUCGCCGGCCUCGGUCUUCCCCGUUCUGUGUCGCCCCAUGAGGCCGGUAGCCGCUCUGCCGAGAGCGUGCUGAUAACGUGUUGAAAAGAAACGAGAGAGAGGGAGACAGAGAAGUAAAAGUGAAUCAUUGUUCUCAUUGAUGAUGGGAUUACACAUAUAUAUAUAGCCCCCGAAAGGGUGCGUCCGAAAAAACACGAGACAACCGCCUCAAUUAGGAAAAGCAGGAAUUAAUAGGAUUAAUUAAAUCCUAACAGGAUCUAGAGAAGUUGGUUGUCAUGGUUUGUUUUGGGUCGGGCUGCUUCCCUAGGAGGCAAGUUUUGCCAUGUUAUUUUCUUUGUUUUGGGCCGGGAAUUACUUGUCCCUCUGCUACUGGCACCAUGCUCACACCUUCUGCGUUCGUGGCAUGUGUUUUGUAUCACUUCUUGUUCUCACUCUUAACUUUUUCUAUCAAUGAAAUGAUACGCAAAGCUUUGUGUAUUCAUGAAAAAAUUAAGAUAUUCCAGCUAGCUUGUGCGACCCACUAAAUGGCUUGCCAACUUGCGGUUCCACUUCUAUCACAGAAGCAAGAUAACCAUGACAAGCAUGAGCACCUUGCGUGCACAUUUCGAGCUACAUUACGCAGCUUGUCACGUACCGUUCUCUGCGCUGCCGCUGCCUCGUUGGAGGACCCCCAAGUCGAUCUUGCUUGAACGGAAAGGGCAAGGCACGGCACAACUCUCAUCUCCACCAUCAUUGAUCAAUGAUGGUCACCGUAAAAAGGUUUUCCUUUGCUGUGGCAAGGUGGACACAUGUCCGAACUGAAAGUCGAAUUAACGUGCGUGGCGACCUACUGUCCUGGUAAGUCGGUUGCCCAUUUGCUGGCAAAAACUUUCACGGUAAACUUUGGUCUAUCGGAUGUACUACCGGAUGCACGUUACAAAUAAUGGGCUGUGAACUGUAACAUACGGCACCGGUUUUUCUGGAAAGCACUGAUCAAUGGGGUGAAGGUCGGUACCUGCAGGGAUCCUGGACCAUGUGAAACGCUAAAACCGUGGAAAGUGAUCACGCCUUUUUCAGUUCACCAAACCCUCCCGCAUGCGUCUAGUGCCCUACUACCACUGCUCCUCAUCAAAAUGUGGCAAGCAACCCAUGAAUCCAUGACGUUUUGCCCCAAGAAACAGGCAAAGAGAGCCCCAGCAAGGCAACGGCAGGAGAUAGCUUGUCUUCCUUGCCAUCGCAUGCACUAUAUAGUACACUCUCUCGGGUCCUAGGCGUUUUGCCUGGCUAAGCGAGCUGCGACUGCGAGGCCAGAGUUAUGUACGCAGUUGGCGCGGUGGUCGCCGUUGCGCUCAUCGUGCUGACAGCGGCGUGCGCGUCGGCUGCGGCAGGAGACGGGCGGCGGGUGGAGGAGGGAGGAGGCGAUGCGGCGCGAGGAGAGGUCACCUACGACGGCAGGGCCCUGGUCGUGGACGGCACGAGGAGGAUGCUCUUCUCCGGGGAGAUGCACUACACCAGAAGCACGCCCGAGAUGUGGCCAAAACUCAUAGCGAGCGCCAGGAAGGGUGGCCUCGAUGUCAUACAAACAUAUGUCUUUUGGAAUGUUCACGAGCCUGUCCAGGGCCAGUAUAACUUUGAGGGAAGAUACGAUCUCGUGAAGUUCAUCAGAGAAAUUCAAGCUCAAGGGCUCUAUGUAAGCCUCAGGAUUGGACCCUUUAUAGAGGCAGAAUGGAAAUACGGAGGGUUUCCAUUUUGGCUACAUGAUGUUCCAAACAUCACCUUCCGAACAGACAAUGAACCCUUCAAGCAACAUAUGCAACGAUUUGUCACACAGAUAGUAAACAUGAUGAAAAAGGAAGGGCUGUAUUACCCACAAGGAGGCCCAAUCAUCAUUUCCCAGAUUGAGAAUGAGUACCAGAUGGUUGAGCCUGCAUUUGGCUCAGGUGGCCCACGUUAUGUCCGUUGGGCAGCUGAAAUGGCUGUAGGUCUCCAGACAGGUGUUCCAUGGAUGAUGUGCAAGCAAAACGAUGCCCCAGACCCAAUUAUUAAUACCUGCAACGGGCUCAUCUGUGGAGAAACAUUUGUAGGACCAAACUCACCUAGCAAGCCUGCAUUGUGGACAGAGAAUUGGACAACUCGCUACCCUAUAUAUGGUAAUGAUACAAAGUUGAGAUCUACAGAAGAUAUUGCCUUUGCAGUUGCACUUUUCAUAGCAAGAAAGAAAGGAAGCUUUGUGAGCUACUACAUGUACCAUGGAGGAACAAACUUUGGUAGGUUUGCCUCUUCAUAUGUAACAACAAGUUACUAUGAUGGAGCUCCUCUAGAUGAAUACGGUCUAAUAUGGCGACCUACAUGGGGCCAUCUCAAGGAACUGCAUGCUGCAGUAAAUCUAUCUUCAGAACCAUUACUGUUUGGAACGUACUCCAGUUUUUCAUUAGGUCAAGAACAAGAGGCACAUAUCUUCGAAACAGAAUUGAAGUGUGUGGCUUUCUUGGUCAACUUUGAUAAGCAUCAGUCACCAACAGUAGUAUUCCGUAAUAUGUCUUUCCAACUGGCACCCAAAUCCAUCAGUAUUCUAUCAGAGUGCAGGACAGUGGUAUUUGAAACAGCCAAGGUAACUGCUCAGUAUGGGUCAAGAACAGCCAAAGCAGUAGAGUCUACUAACGAUAUUCAUAGAUGGAAGGCAUUUAAAGAACCAAUUCCUGAAGAUAUAAGCAAGGCUGCAUACACUGGAAACCAACUCUUUGAACAUCUCUCAAUGACUAAAGAUGAGACAGAUUAUCUCUGGUACAUUGUCAGCUACGAAUAUAGACCAAGCGAUGAUGGCCAGCUUGUGCUUCUUAAUGUUGAGUCACGAGCACAUGUAUUGCAUGCCUUUGUCAACACUGAAUACGUAGGGAGUGUGCAUGGGAGUCAUGAUGGACCUGGCAACAUAAUUCUCAACACGAAUAUUUCUCUAAAGGAGGGGCAGAACACAAUAUCAUUGCUAAGUGUAAUGGUUGGAUCACCGGACUCUGGUGCUCACAUGGAAAGAAGAAGCUUUGGAAUUCGCAAAGUGAGCAUACAGCAAGGACAACAACCACUAUAUCUCCUCAACAACGAACUAUGGGGGUACCAGGUUGGCUUAUAUGGAGAAGGGAAAAGAAUCUACACGCAAGAAGAAGCAAGCAGUGUUGAAUGGACAGAGAUCAACAAUUUGACAUAUCAUCCACUUACUUGGUACAAGACAACAUUCGCCGCACCAGUGGGCAACGAUGUGGUGGCACUGAACCUCACUAGUAUGGGCAAGGGAGAAGUAUGGGUCAACGGGGAGAGCAUUGGACGGUACUGGGUCUCCUUUAAGGCCCCAAGUGGACAGCCCUCUCAAUCCCUGUAUCACAUUCCACAGCACUUCCUGAAACCUAUAGACAACCUCCUUGUUCUUGUUGAGGAAAUCGGAGGCAAUCCGCUGGAGAUAACGUUGAACACAGUGUCCAUCACAACAGUGUGUGGCAAUGUGAAUGAGCUUUCGUCGCCGGCUCUCCAUACGCAAGGAAAGGGUCCGGAAGUACAUUUACGGUGCCAAAGGGGAAAACACAUCUCAGCAAUUGAGUUUGCGAGUUAUGGGAAUCCUGCAGGCGACUGCACAACAUUUUCAACUGGAAGUUGCCAUGCCACGCUGUCUGAAUCCGUUGUAAAACAGGCUUGCAUAGGUAAAAGGGGUUGCUCUAUUCCGGUAUCUCCUGCCAGGUUUGGUGGUGAUCCGUGCCCUGGGAUCCAAAAAUCCCUUCUAGUUGUUGCGAAUUGCAGAUGAUACCAUACAUACACACAUUAAAGGAAGUAAGGUUAAUGGCCGCUAAAUCAGCAGAAAGCAAGAAUUGGACAGAUUGAGGGUAGGUUAUACAGAUCCAUUGCUUUAAUCCAAACAAUCCGAUAGAUGUAUAUGUAAUUCACCCCAAACCAACAGAUACAUUAUUUUUUUUCGCGAAUACGCAAAAGGCUUGCGUAUCA